GUUGGCCCAGUAUUCCACCAAUAUAUAUCGACCAUGAUCUAUUCUUAUUCUAUCUAGAUACUUCUUUCUUCCAUCUAAUUCAUCAAUUAUAGUUCUAAUAAUGGAUAAUUCAUGAAACUGAUCUUCCUUUUUUUUUUUCUAUAGUUGAAAAAAAACAUGUCGACCUCUUCUAGAAACUCCAUCCUUGUCCCCGGUGUGUCUCGUUACAGUCGUUCUGUGAUCUACGCCAAGAAGGCUUUGUACAAGCGCAACAAGUACAACACCCCUGCUGCUGUGAAGGAAGCUGCUGCUGAUAAGACUGUUGAAGUCAAGGGUGCCAAGAAUGGUGGUAAGCGUACCAUUCCUGCCAACAAGGCCAGCAAGUUCUACCCUGCUGAAGAUGUUCCUCAACCCAAGAAGUCUCGCAAGACUGUCAAGGUUGCUGGUCUCCGUGAAUCCAUCACCCCUGGUACUGUUGUCAUUCUUUUGGCUGGUCGUCACCGUGGAAAGCGUGUUGUUGUCUUGAAGCAAUUGGACUCUGGUCUUCUUCUCGUUACUGGUCCUUUCCGUGUCAAUGGUGUCCCCUUACGUCGUGUUGACCAAGCUUACGUUAUUGCCACCUCCACCAAGAUCGAUAUUGGUGCUGUCGAUGCCAAGUUCAACGAUGCUUACUUCAAGAAGUCUUCUGCUACCAAGUCUCAAGAAUUCCUUGCUUCUCAACAAGAAGGUGCCAAGGCUGUUCCUGCUUCCAAGGCUGCUGACCAAAAGGCUGUUGACAAGGCUAUCCUCGAAGCUGUUGUCAAGACUCCUUUCCUCCGUCAAUACUUGUCUGCCAAGUUUGGUUUGUCCAAGGGUCAAUUCCCCCACAACAUGAAGUUCUAAACUAGGUACUAUUACCCUGCUUCUUCAUCAUCCCUUUUUCUUAACUCAUAGUUUUCUUUUAGUUAUCUUCAUUUAGUCCUCUUUGUCUUUUUUUA